GAUGGCUGAAAAAUACCUGCAGAUUGUCUGAUUAACUCAGAGAAUCUUCUUUCCCUGCUUGUCUCUUGGUCACUGAUGGCAGACAGACAUUAAUGAAGGAUGAAGGACAUUAAACUAAGACCCAAAUGUGGAGACAGAACAAUUACGGCUCUAGUUGUGUGUUGUUAUAUAGCUUACAAUACUCUUUUGUAAAUGUUAUCUCAUUUAAUCUGCAGAACAACCCUGGGAAAUUAUUGCAUUUUACAGAGGAGAAAACUCUCACAAAGAUAAUGUGGCCACUUACAGCCUCAUAGCAAGGAAGAAAUAGAACCAGCUCUUGGGGCUAGGCUUUUGGACUCAGAGGACUGUUGUCCUCAUCUCCACUCUUUUAGGAACCCAUUGGAGUAGCGUCAUUAGCUGGUGCUGGGUCCUUUUGACGCUUUUCUCAUCUUCAAUGUAGUCUAUUUGUGUAUAAUCAGCAUGCAAUUAAUUUUCAGAGAUUAUCCAUAGCACCUCCCCAGACCUUCCUUCCACCUUGGCCCUCUGACGGCAGACAGACCUUUGCUCAGUUCUUGGCUCUGCCAAGUCCGUGAACUGGGUGGGGUGAGAAGACUUCCCACACAGAGAGUGUGGAGGCAAGUGCCUACUGCAGUGCUUGGCACCUACAACCAAACCAAACCAAACCAAACCAAACCAAACUAAACCCGCUGCUGUUGAGUUGAUUCCAAUUCAUGGUGACCUCAUGGGACAGAGUAGAACUAUUCCAUAGGGUUUCCAAGGCUGUAAAUCUUUACGGAAGCAGGCUGUUGCAUCUUUCUCCCACGAAGUGGCUGGUGGAUUUGAACCAUGACCUUCCUGUUAGCAGUCUAGGGCUUGGUACCUCUCUUCAUUUAGACUUGCACCUUUCUCCCCUGCCUCCCUUUCCUUCAUUAACGGGUUGCCCUCAGCUCCUGCUACGUUUUAGGUCCUGGAGAAACUCUUGUUUGGGUUCAGCUCAGCUCCAAGUGGCAAAUGAACAUCUCAGCGUCCUGAUUCUCUUCCAGCUCGGAGAUGAUGUACUAAGACACAAGGCAAGUACUUGUUCUUAAAUGGGUGAGGAUUAAGUGUGCUGGAGAGAAAGCCACAAAGAACCGGGCUGCGGAGUAUGAGUUCUCAUCUCGCCUUGCCUUCUGACUUGCUGUGUGGCGUGGGCACGCCCCUCAACCUCUCUGAACCUCAAUGUCCCGAUGGGUAGUCGGGAACUCUUUUCAGGAGGUGGUGAAAUAGAUAAAAGGGUUAACAAGUACACAAUGAAAUGGGCAAGUUUUUUAUCAGGCUAAUAAUGAGGCAAGUGGAAGCAGCACGAGGCCAGAGGCACCAAGCCGCCUGGCCAGCUCCUUUGUCUGCUUCCUCUGCCCAGCAGCCUGCCCCUGGGGCCUCGUCCCAUUCUUCCCCUCUGCAGUGCUGAGCCUGCCUGCACCUCCUUGCUCUGGGCAAUAGUCAGCAAGGGCAGCGCUGGGACGGCUGCAUGCGGAAGAAGGGAGAAAAGCAGGGGCACGUGAGGGGGGCUUUCUAGCUCGCCCCGAUCGCUGGCAGCUUCUAGCUCUUGCACGGCCUGGCUCUGGCUUACUGUAGUCUCAGAGGGAAACCCUGGAGCCAGAGAUAUUGCUGUUGCUAGGCGAUGGGAUAAACAGGCCCUCGGUGGCUCUGGCAGGUGGCAGCUAGGUUGCUGAGACCAGUGACAAGGCAGUGGGGGAAAGCCCAGGGGAAGGGGUGGGGAAAGUUCCCUGGGUGAGCCAGGAGACCCAGAGGCUGCUUCGUCAGCUUGCAGAGCGGGGCUCCACCGCAGCCUGGCUCAGGCACUGGGCAAGCUCUGAUUGGGCAGUGCCUCACACUGCUCUCUGACCCUGGACCCUGCAGCCCCCCAGCCCAGCCCACCGCAAGCAGCUGCAUCCAUUCCACCCAGAGCAGCAGGGCAGUUUGAUGCCUUUGCUAGGCUGGAGCCAGGAGCCUUUCUCUUGUGUGCCUCAGCCAUGACAGGUGAGGACUCCAUCAGCACCUUGGGCCUGAUCCUUGGGGUGGGGCUGUCACUGCUGCUCGUGUCCAUCCUCGGCUACAGCCUGGCCAAGUGGUACCAGCGCGGGUACUGCUGGGAGGGGCCUAAUUUUGUCUUCAACUUGUACCAGAUCCGGAACCUGAAGGAACUGGAGAUGGGUCCACCCUUCACCAUCAGUGGCCACAUCAGCAGCCCAGAUGGAGGCUACAUGAAGUUCUCAGACAGUCUAGUCUGAUGGGGGAGCAGCAGGCUUCUGAAACUUCAGAGAGGGGGAGGCUCCUAGCUCAGCACCUGACCCUCCUGGACCACCCUGGGUGCCCUCAACUACUCCUAGUCUUUGAAGCCUAGCACAGUUCCUUAUUGUGGAGAAUAAGGGGUCUUCUCUGGAUGCACCAUCAGCGUGAAGCAUGAGUCCUGGGGGCAUAGCCAGGCCUCUGGGGACUGGGGAAGAGGGCAGCAGGGACUUUCUCACAGAAACAAAACAGAAGACCACUCCCUGGGGAGGAAGGACUGGUUCCCAGGAGGCACCUGAGCCACAGGAGGAGCUCCAGGUAUCCUGGAGAGCAAAGCCCUGCCCAGCUCAGCUCAGUGUUAGGCAGGGCCUGGAGACUCCAGAAGGGAGCUCUUCAUGGGUCCCCCAGUCACUUCCACUUGCAGGGCUGACACCAGAGGCCGGGAAACCAGUAAUAUCUUCAAUAAGGCAAAGUCAUGUGUAAACAGAGGUAUUCCAGACCUGGUUUUCAACCUUCCUACCAGGAGCCAACUUCCCUCUGUGAGCUGAAGACUGAACUUGGUCCUACUCUGUCCUGUCCAUUUUUGUGAUUGGCUCUGGUACUUUCACCUCCUAACACACCCCUGUCUCCCACCUGGGCCUGUUUUCCUUGCUGCUGAUCAGCCUCAGUGCCUCCCAAACAUGGGCAGCUCCCAAUUUUGAUGGGCAGUGGUAAGAACAAUCUAGAAAUAGGUUCUUGUUCUCUAGGCUUCUGUAAUGCGGUGGGAGUGGGGGGAACUCUAUCUCACAAUGCUCUGCAUUUCCUGUGUAUAGCUGCUCUGUGAUGGGGAAGGUGGACUAGGCAUGGUAGGAAAGGAAACCAGGGUAGGCUGACAAACCCAGAAUGCACAAGGGAAAGCAAGAAUCUUUAGUGGACAGCAGAAAGAUUUGUCUCAUGAGUCAUCACUUCUUCCUCCAGCCCAUGCCCUACUGGACAAGAGGUGGUGCCACACUGGAGUGCCAGCUUGUAGAGGUUGUUGUUAGGUGCCGUCCAGUUGGUUCCAACUCAUAGUGAUCCUAUGCACUACAGAGUGAAACACUGCCUGGUCCUGCACCAUCCUCACAAUCGUUGCUAUGUUUGAGCCCCUUGUUGCAGCCACUUUGUCAGUCCAUCUUAUUGAGGAUCUUCUUCUCUUUCGUUGAUCUUUUACCAAGCAUGGUGUCCUUCUCUAGGGACUUGCCCCUCCUGAUAAAAUGUCCAAAGUAUGUGAGAUGAAAUCUCACCAUCUUUGCUUCUAAGGAGCAUUCUAGCUGUACUUCUUCCAAGACAGAUUUGUUCUUUCUUCUGGUAGCCCAAGGUAUAUUCAAUAUUCUUCACCAACACCAUAAUUCAAAGUCAUCAAUUCUUCUUUAGUCUUCCUUAGUAGGCAUUUAAUGCAGAGUUGUUCAAUCCAGAGAAAUGGGCUUCCUGGGUGUCUUGCUUAUCUAGUGCUGCUAUAAUAGAAAUACCACAAGUGGAUGACUUUAACCAACAGAAAUUAAUUUUCUCACAGUUUAGGAGGAUAGGAGUUCGAAAUCAGGGACUCUACGGCAAGACUUUUUCUCUCUGUCGGCUCUGGGGGAAGGUCCUUGUCUCUUCAGCUUGUUUCCUGGUUCCUUGGAGAUUUCCAUGUGGCUUGGCAUCAAUCUUCCCCCACCUCUGCUUGCUACCUUGCUUGUUUAAUCUCUUUUAUAUCUCAAAAGAGAUUGACUCAAGAUACAUGCUACUGUAAUCCUGUUGCAUUAACAUAACAAAGACAACCCGUUCCCAAAUAGGAUUAUAACCACAGGCAUAGAGGCUAGGAUUUACAACACAUAUUUUUUUUUGGGGGGGGGCACAAUUCAAUUCAUAACAUUCUACGCUUUGGCCCCCCAAAAUUCAUGUCCUUGCCAUAUGCAAACACAUUCACUCUAUCACAUCAUCCCAAAAGUCUUAAAUCAACUCCAAGUUCAAAAUUUCAUCCUCUGAAUCCUCUAAAUCAAAUAUGGGUGAGACUUCAGGCUCGUUCCAUCCUAGGGAAAACUUUCUCUUCAUCUGUGAACAUGUGACAUCCAGAAUACAAGUUAUCUACUUCCAGAGUACAAUAGUAGGAUAGGCACAAGGUAGACAUUUCCAUUAUAAAUGGGAGAAAUUAGAGGGAAAGAAGGGAUAACAGGCACCAAGCAAGGCCCAAACCCAACAGAAAAAAUUACAUUAGCUUUCAAGGCUUGAAAAUAAUCCUCUCUUCUCUGAGACCAUCUGGGCAAUGGCCCUGCCCUACAGACUCUGGGUGUUGGCCACAUCCUCUGGAUUCUGGGAGGAGGUCCUUUGGCCCUGGGCUUCAGCUUCAUCUUCCAAGCCCUCUGGGAUGGCAACCGUGCUCCCUCAUCUUUAGGCAGCCCCAUUCUCCUAGUCCAUCUCAAUGGCGACCCCACCCCCUCAGCCACAGUACGCCCCAUCUUCUGCCCGUUGGGCAUGGCAGCCCCACCCCCUCAGCUUUGGGCCAUGGCCCAAUCCCCUGGCACAUCUUAAAGGCAGCCCCACACUCUGGAACCAAGUUGGUGAAGAUGAAGAUCCAAUUCUUUGAAACCUAGGAGGCCGUGGGCCACCCUUUGAGAUUCAGGAGACUGUGCCCCCUUCUUUUGAAAUCGAGAAGGCCCUGCCUGCUUCCCGUGUUCCUUCCAACAGUUCUGAUGAUCUCUGAGCUGCUCAGGGAUGGUCUUUUUUUUUUUUUUUUCUUGAAGGACAGCAGAUGUAGCUCCUUUACCCUGUUUUCUGCCUGUUGAAUUCCAAGAAGCAGACAGUCUUUUCUUUCGUUCUUUCUAUGUCCCCUUCAGUCUAAGCUGAUGGGUUUUCUGCUGUGGUAGUUGGUUAUAUUAUCCAUCAGUCACAGGCUUCAUCUCUUUAACAAAAGAUUGUGUAGCCACGUGCUUGGUGAACAUUUUAGGACAUGUGUCCUUAGUUUGUACAACAGAAUUUUCCAAAUCUUUAAGUACUAUUUUUCUUUAGCACAGUUCAUUUUUAAGUCUAUUUCUUUUCUUUCACAUUUUACUAUAAAAGGCAAUAAGAAGCCAUACAGCCCCUUUAAGAUCUUGCUUAGAAAUCUCAUCAGCCAGAUACCCACGUUUAUCACUUACAAAUUCUACCUUCCACCAAACAUUUGAACAUAAUUCAGACACUCUCUUUGCCACAGCGUAAAAAGCAUUACCUUCUCCAUGUUCUAAUCCCAUGUUCAUCAUUUUCUUUUAAAGCCUCACCAGAUGCACGUUUAACGUCCACAUUUCUAGCAACAUUCUGUUGCUGGCGCCAUAUGUAUUGUCUUAGACCACAGAGAAUUUUCCUGUAGCUCUCCUCACUUCCUUCUGAAUUCUACCAAGAGUCUCUUCAAGGCAAUCCAGGCUUUUACUAUUAGGCACCUUACAACUCUUCCAGCCUCUACCCGUUACCCAAUUCCAAAACCACUUCCACAUUUUUGGUAUCUGUCAGAGCAGCACCCCACUCUUCCGGUACCAAAUUUCUGUCUUAGUUAUCUAGGGCUGCUAACAGAAAUACCACGAGUGAAUGACUUUAACCAAAGGAAAUUAAUUUUCUCACAGUUUAGGAGGAUAGAAGUCCAAUUUUUUUUUUUUUUUUUUU